AUGUCUGCCACGAAGCGCAUUGUUGUCUUCGGCGGCAAUGGCUUCCUCGGGUCGAGGAUAUGCCGCGCUGCCGUCGCUCGCAAUUGGGACGUGACCUCAGUCAGCCGCUCCGGCGCCCCCCACUGGUCUUCGGUCCUCGGGACCAACACACCCCCUGACUGGUCUCAUAAAGUAGCUUGGGAACACGCCGACAUCUUCCAGCCUGCCCAAUGGACCUCCCUGCUCUCCGGUGCAGACUAUGUCGUACACAGCCUAGGCAUACUCCUCGAAGCCGACUACAAGGGUGUCAUCUCUGGACGAGAGUCGCCCAUCACUGGCUUGAUGAAGGCCUUCAGCAGCGCCAAGGGCGCCAACUGCCCCAACCCGCUGGACCGCAUGCGCGCUGAGCACACCUCUGAACCAGUUGUUGAUCCGCCAAAGAAUGCUAGCCAGCUUACGUAUGAGUUGAUGAACCGUGACAGCGCCAUCUUGCUAGCCAAGGAGGCUGCCAGGCAUGGUGUGAGCGUGUUUGGGUUUGUUUCAGCGGCAGGAGGGGCGCCGGUGCUGCCGAGCCGGUAUAUCACCACCAAGCGCGAGGCAGAGGCCGUUGUAGCUCGCGAGUUUCCUGAGAUGAGAGGUGUCUUCUUCCGGCCGCCGUUUAUGUAUGACAGCUCGCGGACAGUGACUAUCCCGCUAGCUAUGAUGAUGGCAGCUGGGUCGGCAUUCAAUGGAUUGACAGGAGGGGUCCUGAGCGGGUUCCUUGGGGCAGCAGGCACGAAGCCUCUGAAGGUAGAUACUGUGGCCGAUGCAGUUGUUGAGGCGUUGGAAGAUGAGAGUGUGAGUGGGUUGGUGGAGGUGCCGAAGCUGGAAGUGUUGGCGGAGAGGGCAUGGAGGAAGAGCAUGCUUUGA